CUAAACUCGCAAACUAAAAACAACAACAACAGCAACAGCAACGACGUUUAUAAAGAAAAAAUUGCAUAAAAUCUGGGCUAUGAAAUGCAGAAUCAUUUGGGCUUGCUCUAGUGGCCCAAAACAAAUUACAUCCUUCACACAGUCACACACUAGACAGUAGAGACGACUGCAGGCCGAGGGGGGUCUUCUGCUUAGUUCUUCAUUGUUCAUUGUCGAGCUUCCUCAAAAAACAGCCUCAAAAUCCCAGAAAUUCGAAGGCGAAAAACAACCAUUUCCUCCUGCAAAUAAAUUCUGGUGAGAUGGGUUCUCUCAAUCCAUUCUUUUCCGGCGACAACAACAAUUGGUUCAAGAAACCCGCUAUUCCAUUUCAACCCAUCAACCUACUGUCAGUUUUUGAAGCCUUGAAUCCCUUUAAACCCCAAGAAAAAGCGCCUAAUUUUGCUGCCUUAUCUUUCAAACCCUCUUUUAGGAAGCGGAAAAAUGACCCGGGCAAACCCGGAAAGUAUACCCAAAUGCUGGACCAGUUCUACUGGGAAUGCGAGAAUUUUCCUGACUAUAGACACGCCCCUGAGGUGGAGAAGAUCCUAAAUGAAGACCCUUUUUUUGAGAAGAAGGAAAACCCAACUCCUGAAGAGAUUGAGGAAAAUAAGAAAUGGUGGGAAGAUUUCAAGAGCAGUCCAGUCGUUCAGUUUUUGGCUCGAGCUGAGGAGAUUGCUGACAAAAUUAAUGAAAUGGAGCUCAAGGAGAAUUCAGCUCCUUACAGGAAGGAAGAUAAGAAAUUAUGGCAGGCGGUGCCUCAUGUAAUGGGAUUGGAUGGGAGACCAAUGCCGAGGAAAGCCAUCAAGACUAAGAAGGAAUCUGAUGAUAAAUUUUGGGAUUUUGCAAAGCAAUUCUUUUUCGGGCUUUGGGGAUUUCGGCAAAGGCCAUACCCACCUGGGAGACCCAUUGAUGCUGCACAAGCAAUUGGAUAUAAGAAACUUGAAAGACGCUACUAUGAUUUUAUCAUGAGAAGUGGAGGAUUCUACUAUAAAGACCGACUUGGUCGUACGAGGGGGCCAAUGGAGUUGAUCCAGCUUAAGACUGCUUGGGGUGCUGGAAUUAUUGAUAAACAUACAUUCAUUUGGGGUGAGGACAUGGAUGAAUGGGCACCCAUUGGCAUGGUGUAUGGCAUGGAACGUGCGAUUGCCACCUGGGAAGUUAGAUUAGGCGCGGCAGCUACAGCUUUUCUUCACAAAUUGCAGAAAGGUAUACCACCUUGGGUUCCUCUCAAGGGGCACGAGAACAAAACGUACAAGCAAUUACAAGACGAAGCGUAUGAAAGUAAAAGGCGUGACUUAGCUGUCCUAAAAGCUAAUGAUGGUGUUUGGCCUGGUGUUAGGACUCCAAGUCAUUCGUUGUUCCUUUGGGCUAGUGGUACUGAGCUGACAUCAGUUUUGGAAGCUGAUCACAUGCCCAAUAAAUUUAUUCCCAGAGAUCUCAGGGAUCAAUUGGCUAAAAUAAUUCCUGGAUUGAGACCUUGGGAGGUUCUUAGCGUUGAACAAGCCAUGGAUCAACUUACGUAUGGGGGAGAAUGGUACCGUGAACCUCUUGGCUCAUACACCACUGGCCCUCCAUAUAUUCAAGAAUGGAAUAAGGAUGUUAUGUCGUUAUUCAACAUCUUCCACAAUCUUAGUGUUGAAGUAUACCAAAAGCUGGAAAAGACAAUUCCUGGUUUUGAUGCGGUAAUGGAGAGAGUCCAAGAGGAGUCCGUUGAGAGAGAAGCUAGAAGGAAGGAAACCUGGCAAGCGAAGAAGAAGGCAGAGAAAGAACUACAUAUGUACGGUAGAGUACAAAGUGAUAAAUAGCUUCUGAUCUUACAUCCUCAAGCAUAAUCAAACAACUGAUUUCUGUGUUUCUUUGUUAGCCAUCUGUUCCGACCAGGGCUCCAUCUAAAAGAGUCCAAAUUUUGUUGAACUCUUCGUCGUUUGAAAGUAAAAUUAUUUUUGUAUAGAGCUCCCUGGAUCAUAUUAGAAAGUAGGAAUGCAAAUCCCCUGCUCUUUUGUUUAAGGGUAUAUUAUAAACAGCUAACCCCUUGUAUGCUUUUGCGGAAGAUUCGAGCAUUUGAAACCAUCAAAUUUCUCAUUAUCAUUGUCUUCUACUAACCAUUUUCGACAGUCUUCUUUUACAUCUGUAAUCCAAAUGUCUACAUUUUAUGGAAGUAGUUUUUGAACUUCAUAAUGCAAAUUUCAAACUGAA